GCGUUUUAUUCGUAACGGUUGUUUGUUAUUAAAGUUGUUUGGGUAAACAAAUAAAAAACACAUCAGUAUAUCAGACGCAUCAUGAAGGUGCUGGACAAUGUAAACCACGCUGUGAAGGUGACUAUGAAUUGUUGCCGAUUAUACGGCCUCUUCGUUUCUGAUGACCUCACUAAAAGACAAUUGAUCAUAAUGCGAGCGUUUUCUUUGAUGUUGUAUCUUUUUUUCGUUGGGUUUUUCAUCACUACCCAAAGUGCGCUUAUCAUAACAAUGUGGGGUGAUUUAAAUCUAAUGACCAACGUGGGACUCGUGCUUGGAACGCACCUUACACUGUCAGCAAAAGUAUUUACAUUACACUACAAAGAGAAAGAGAUCACAAACGUUAUUUACAAAAACGAAGUCAGAUUAAGGGCUNAGAUAUUUACGUAUCCAUGCGACACUACGAAAUCACCUGCACAUGAAAUCAUUCUCGCUCAUCAGGGUAUAGCGGUUAUUUUGACAGCAACUUUGGAAAUAGCCAUUGUCUUAUUAAUGACGUCGAUAGUCGCUGUUUGUCGCUGCAGACUGAAGUUGGUGGGAUUAAGCUUUGAAACGAUCUGUGAUGAUUUACCGAGUAAUAUCAUGAAUAAACUCACAGCGGAUGAACAGGUAAUCGUAGCAAAACGCGUCCGCGAGAACGUUAUCGAACACCAGGCCGUAUUGGAAUGUAUUAAUGACAUACAGGAUUGUUUUUCGUCUGCAAUGCUAGUUCAUAUUGCGAUUUCAACGAUGAUCAUCUGUGCAACGGCGUACCAGUUGGCUGUGGAAAAAUCAUUGGACCUUACACAGCGAAUGACUAUGGCGUCCUUUCUUGGCGGAAUGUCUACUGAGAUCUUCUUGUUCUGCUACCAAGGGGGACACCUGUCGAUCGACAGUAUGGAGGUGGCAACAGCAGUGUAUAGUUGUCCUUGGUACACGUUCCCCACAUCGCUCAAACGGUCACUGCUGGUGAUCAUGAUACGCGCCCAGCAGCCGGCUUUACUCACAGCUGGAGGCUUCGCGCCCCUUUUGCUAGAUACUUUUGUUUCGAUAAUGAAGGCAUCGUAUAGCUUCUUCACCGUUCUGCAAAACGCCUCAGAAUAAGCUAAGCUCGGACUAUUCCCCACAUGCCUUGCCCGAAUGCUCGGUGCAUUAAAUCUGGGGCGCAUAUUGUACGACCUUGUCGGUCCUAAGUCUUUGGACUUAAAGCACUCUGCACAUAUACUUUGUAAUACAUUCUACCAAUUAGAAAACUUAUCGACACGAUUACCCGCGCUACUCUAUAUCAGAUAAAUAAAAUUCUUUGGGGUAUAAGACAAAGGGGAAGGUCUUCCCUUUCCCACCGAGCGGGUUAAAUUGCUCGGCAGACCGACGGUCCAAAUGUUGUUCGGAGCUUAUAUGAAAAAAUAUGUGCAAGCUUACCUUGAAAAUGUAAGCGAGAUUCAGACAUCUGUCAAAUAUAUU